GCUUCCUGCCUCCACACCAUUUCAGACUGCACUGCCAUGGCUCUGAUUGCCCAUCCCUCCUGCCUCCUGGCCCUGCUGGUGGCAGGCCUAGCCCAAGGCAUCAGAGGCUCCCUUAUGGCCCAGGACCUAGGUCCCCAGCCGCUGGAGCUGAAAGAGGCCUUCAAGCUUUUCCAGAUCCAGUUCAACCGGAGUUACUUGACCCCAGAAGAACACGCUCGCCGCCUGGACAUCUUUGCUCACAACCUCGCCCAGGCUCAGCGGCUGCAGGAGGAGGACUUUGGCACAGCUGAGUUUGGGGUGACUCCAUUCAGUGACCUCACAGAGGAGGAGUUUGGCCAGCUCUAUGGACAUCGGAGAGCAGCUGGAGGGGUCCCCGGCAUGGGCAGAGUGGUAGGGUCUGAAGCGCCAGAGGAGUCAGUGCCUCACACCUGUGACUGGCGGAAGGUAGCCGGCGCCAUCUCAUCCAUCAGGAACCAGGGAAACUGCAGAUGCUGCUGGGCCAUGGCAGCGGCAGGCAACAUCGAGGCACUGUGGGGUAUCAAUUUCUUGGAGUUCGUGAACGUCUCUGUACAGGAGCUGCUGGACUGUGGCCGCUGUGGGGAUGGCUGCCACGGAGGCUACGUCUGGGAAGCGUUCUCAACUGUCCUCAACAACAGCGGCGUGGCCAGUGAAAGGGACUACCCGUUCCAAGCCAACUUCAGACCCCACAGGUGCCACGCCAAGAUGUACAACAAGGUGGCUUGGAUCCAGGACUUCAUCUUUCUGCCGGACAACGAGCAGAGAAUUGCCCAGUACCUGGCCACUUACGGCCCCAUCACGGUGACCAUCAACAUGAAGUACCUGAAGCUAUACCAGAAAGGUGUGAUCAAGGCCAGGCCCACCACCUGUGACCCCCAGUUUGUGGACCACAGUGCCCUGCUGGUGGGUUUUGGCAGCGACAAGUCAGAGGGGAUGGGGGCUGAGACAGUCUCAUCCCAGUCUCGGCAUCCACGCUCCACCCCAUACUGGAUCCUGAAGAAUUCCUGGGGGGCCCAAUGGGGAGAGGAGGGCUAUUUCCGGCUGCACCGAGGGAGCAAUACCUGCGGCAUCACCAAGUACCCAGUCACUGCCCGCGUGCAAAAACCGGAUGUGAAGCCCCAAUUCUCUUGCCCUCCCUGAACCCACCUGGCCCCUCAGCUCUGUCCUGUUAGGCCAACUGCCUCCUCGCCAGCCCCAUCCCCAGGUUUUUGCCCAUCCUCUCAUUCUCAGUACGGCCUGAAUAAACCAAGAUGAGACUUCUG